UGACCAGUAGAUCGAAACUGGUGCCACUGGGCAGAGGUCAUUUCGGGCGUAACGCCUUCCAUAGUGUCAUACAUUACUGGCCAGUAGAGACAUGCACAAUGCACUGGACUAUUGGUGAAGUGGUUGAUUCUAAAUGAUAAGGAGAAUACAACAUUUCUACUUACCCGUGUAUUGAUAAUAAGGAGAAUACAAUAUUUCGACUCACCUGUUUAUUGAUAAUAAGGAGAAUACAAUAUUUCGACUUACCUGUUUAUUGACGAUAAGGAGAAUACAACAUUUCGACUUACCUGUUUAUUGAUGAGGAGAAUAACCAUUUCGACUGUGUAUUGAUGUUGUGAUUACAUUACUUUAAUAUUGAUAUUUGAUAUUAGUGAGGAAGGAUGGCUUAUUACUGGUAUGAUAGAUACCGACCACGGUUUGUAAUGGAGUGGCCACGUUUAACUUCAAUGUAUUCCGGAAGUACAAGUCGUUUGGAGGAACAAUCCAGAAAUGGGAAUGGAAACGGAAAUGGAAAAUAUAGUGAUCCCGUAUUAGCAUACGAUAAUGUUUUCGAUCCCAUCGAUAGCUAUGGGGCUUACAACUUUCACAUGGCGCCACGAGAGGAACUGGUUAUCGGGACAGAUCCCCGCUUGUGGCUCCGCAACAAACACAGACCUGAUCACGACUCCGGAAGUGACUACACGGGAGAGAAAAAACCGGAUUCGUCGACCUGUCGACUUGUUCUUUGUGUUUUACUUGUAAUGAGCUUCAUUGGCGUCGUUGUAGCGUCAAUCGUGCUAGCCGUGAUAUUAUCACAGUCACAGUCCAGUUCCGUUACCCCAUCACCUCAAGCGGUAUUGGAAGGGAGUCUUACUAUGGCUAAUAGGAAUUUUUCGGCUGCCCUGAAUGACCCAAAUUCUGUGGCGUACAAACAGGCAGUAGAAGACUUCUGUGCAGCUAUUGCAGCCAUCCAGAAAGCUCCAACCUCUCCAUUCCGAGACACUUAUCACUCCUGUGUUGUACUGGGCUUCACACAAGGGAGCGUGAUAGUAAAGUACAGAGUGUUCUACGUUACUGAUCCAAAUCCGACCGUGUUGGAACAGCAAUUCUCGCAGUCAAUUGCCAGUAAUGGCCAAACUGGUUUUGGUUCCGGUAAUGUGGUCUUUACGAAUCCGACCUCUCUGACGGUCAUUGUGUUAAGUGGAACUACACUUUCUGUGACAGCAGUCCAAACACUCGUUUCAACGGUCAGCAAUGUUUCUGUAACACCUACGCCUACGUCGGCAUCUGCGUCAUCUUCACCUUCAGUUAUCGAUUCAACUUCGGCACCGGCCACUGCAGAUUUAACGUCUUCGUUAUCGUCAGAUGUAGAUUCAACGUCCUUAGCUGCAAGUGUAGAUUCAUCUUCGUCACUUGAAGUUGUUCCAUCAACGACAUCCUUAUCGGUAGCUGAAGUCUCAACGACAUCUACUUCAGAAAUAGUUGCAACUCCAUCAUCUACAGCUGUUGCAUCGACAUCAACAAUGGCCGCAGAAUCUGUAUCAUCGUCUCCAGCGGUUGUGACUUCAUCAGAACCUGUGGCGUCCAUAUCAUCCUCGGUAGCUGAAGUUUUAACGUCAUCAUUGACAGAUGCAGUUUCGACACCAUCCUCUACUGUUGUAGCGGUAACGUCAUCAUCAGCUGCACAAGCCUUGACGUCGUCAGCGACAGCUGUAUCUUCGACUGAGGCAAUUUCAAUGUCAUCAAUGUCCGUGUCAAUUUAUCCUUCCUUAGUUUCUUCUUCGUUAUCGUCAACCUCAUUAGUUGAUUCUCUGUCAACAGUUUCAUCUAUUUCAUCUAUGCAAUCGCUGUCUGUUUCCGCUUCCAUUUCCUCUGUGUCGGUUGAAACUCCAUAUAUUUCCCCAUCAGCUGAAAUGCUUUCUACUUCUUCAUCAAUAAAUCCUUCGUCAGUUUCUUCAUUAUUUGAUUCUCAAUCUGUUUCGUCUCCGGUCGAAACAUCUUCUAUGUCUCCAUCAAUGUCUCCAUCUAUGACCUCCGCUUUAGAUCAUUCCUCUAUGCCAGUAUCAACAUCUCUUUCCUCUGUUUCGUCUUCGUCUUUAUCAACAUCUGUUGAAGCUUCAUCUUUCUCUUCAUCAGUCUUCUCACUUGUUUCAUCUCUUGUUGUUUCUUCAUCAUCGUCAUCUGUUGAUCAAUCAUCUAUGUCUUCCUCAAUUUCACCAUCUGCUUCAUCAAUUGUUUCUCCGUCGACGGUGUCCUCUGUCGAUCAUUCAUCAUCGUCUUUAUCUGUUUCCUCCGUUGAUGUUUCCCCGCAAAUUGCGUCAUCCGUCGAUCUUACAUCUAUGCCUCCUUUAAUGCCCUCAUCCAUUUCUUCAGUCGAUAUGACUUCAUCAAUGACGUCAUCUGUUGAUCUUUCAUCUUUGUCUUCAUCCAUGUCCUCAUCUAUUUCUUCAGUCGAUUUGACUUCAUCAAUGACGUCAUCUGUUGAUCUUUCAUCUUUGUCUUCAUCAAUGUCUUCAUCUAUUUCUUCCAUUGAUGUGUCUACGUUGAUGGCGUCAGUUGUCGACCAUUCAUCUAUGUCUUCAAUGUCCUCAUCUAUUUCUUCCGUUGAUAUUUCUCCGUCAAUGGCGUCGUCUGUCGAUCACUCAUCUAUGUCUUCAUCUAUGCCCUCAUCUAUUUCUUCCGUUGAUAUUUCUCCGUCGAUGACGUCAUCUGUUGAUUAUUCAUCUAUGUCUUCAGCCAUGUCCUCAUCUAUUUCUGCCGUCGAUAUGUCUCCGUCAAUGACUUCGUCUGUUGAUUUUUCAUCGUUGUCUUCAUCCAUGUCCUCAUCUUUUUCUUCCGUCAAUAUGUCUCCAUUAAUGACGUCAUCUGUCGAUCUUUCAUCUAUGCCGUCUUCAAUACCUGCAUCCAUUUCUUCCGUCGAUAUAUCUCCGUCGAUGGCGUCACCUCUUGUACAUUCAUCUUUGUCUUCCGUCGAUAUGUCUCCGUCAAUGACUUCGUCUGUUGAUUUUUCAUCUUUGUCUUCAUCCAUGUCCUCAUCGUUUUCUUCCGUCAAUAUGUCUCCGUCGAUGACGUCAGUUGUCGACCAUUCAUCUAUGUCUUCAUCAAUGUCUGCAUCUCUUUCUUCCAUCGAUAUGUCUCCGUCAAUGACGUCAUCUGUUGAUCUAUCAUCCAUUUCUUCACCAAUGUCAUCAUCUUUUUCGUCUGUCGAGGUGUCUCCGUCAGUGACGCCAUCUGUUGAUCAUUCAUCAAUGUCUUCAUCAAUGUCCUCAUCUAUUUCUUCUGUGGAUGUGUCUCCAUCAAUGACGUCAUCAGUAGAUCAUUCAUCUAUGUCUUCAUCAAUGUCCUCAUCUAUUUCUUCUGUGGAUGUGUCUCCCUCAAUGACGUCAUCACUAGAUCAUUCAUCUAUGUCUUCAUCAAUGUCCUUAUCUAUUCCAUCCGUCGAUAUUUCUCCAUCAAUGACGUCAUCUGGCGAUCAAUCAUCUAUGUCAUCAUCCAUGUCCUCAUCUAUUUCUUCUGUCGAUGUGUCUCCAUCAAUGACGUCAUCAUUAGAACAUUCAUCUAUGUCGUCAUCAAUGUCGUCAUCUAUUUCCUCUGUCCAUGUGUCUCCAUCAAUGACGUCAUCAUUAGAACAUUCAUCUAUGUCUUCAUCAAUGUCCUCAUCUAUUUCCUCCGUCGAUGUAUCUCCAUCAAUGACGUCAUAUGUAGAUAAUUCAUUAAUGUCUUCAUCAAUGUCUUCAUUUAUUUCUUCAGUCGAUGUUUCUCCAUCUAUGAUGUCAUCUGUCGAUCAGUCAUCUAUGUCUUCAUUCAUGUCCUCAUCUAUUGCCUCCGUCGAUAUUUCUCCAUCAAUGACGUUAUCUGCAGGUCAUUCAUCUAUGUCAUCAUCCAUAUUCUCAUCUAUUUCUUCUGUCGAUGUGUCUCCAUUAAUGACGUCAUCUGUAGAUCAUUCAUCUAUGUUUUCAUCAAUGUCCUCAUCUAUUCAAUCCGUCGAUAUUUCUCCAUCAAUGAUGUCAUCUGUCGAUCAGUCAUCUAUGUCUUCAUUCAUGUCCUCAUCUAUUGCCUCCGUCGAUAUGUCUCCGUCAUUGACAUCUUCUGUAGAUCAUUCAUCUAUGUCAUCAUCCCUGUCCUCAUCUCUUUCAUCCAUCGAUAUUUCUCCAUCAAUAACGUCAUCUGUCGGCCUUUCAUCUAUGUCAUCAUCCAUGACCUCAUCUAUUUCUUCUGUCGAUGUGUUUCCAUCAAUGACGUCAUCUAUAAAUCAUUCAUCAAUGUCCUUAUCUAUUUCAUCAAUCGCUGUUUCUCCAUCAAUGACGUCAUCUGUCGUUCAGACAUCUAUGCUUUCAUCCAUGUCCUCACAUAUUGCCUCCAUCGAUGUGUCUCCGUCCAUGACGUCAUCUGUUGAUCUUUCAUCUAUGUCAUCAUCCAUGUCCUCAUCUAUUGCCUCCGUCGACAUGUCUCCGUCAUUGACAUCUUCUGUAGAUCAUUCAUCUAUGUCAUCAUUCAUGUCCUCAUCUCUUUCAUCCGUCGAUAUUUCUCCAUCAAUAACGUCAUCUGUCGACCUUUCAUCUAUGUCAUCAUCCAUGUCCUCAUCUAUUUCUUCUGUCGAUGUGUUUCCAUCAAUGACGUCAUCUAUAGAUCAUUCAUCAAUGUCCUUAUAUAUUUCUUCUGUCGAUGUUUCUCCAUCAAUGACGUCAUCUGUCGAUCAGACAUCUAUGCUUUCAUCCAUGUCCUCACAUAUUGCCUCCAUCGAUGUGUCUCCGUCCAUGACGUCAUCUGUUGAUCUUUCAUCUAUGUCAUCAUCCAUGUCCUCAUCAAUUUCGUCCGUCGAUGUGUCUUCGUCCAUGACGUCAUCUGUCGAUCAGUCAUCUCUUUCUUCCAUCGAUAUAUCUCCGUCGAUGACGACAUCUGUUGAUCUUUCAUCCAUGUCUUCAUACAUAUCCUCAACUAUUUCUUCUGCCAAUGUUUCUUCUUCAAUGACGUCAUCUAUCGAUUAUUCAUCUAUCUCUUCAUCAAUGUCUGUUUCUGUAUCAUCCGACAUUGUUUCUCCGUCGAUGACGUCGUCUGUUGAUCCUUCAUCAAUGUCUUCAUCCAUGUCCUCGACUAUUUCUUCCAUCGGUGUUACUCCGUCAAUGACAUCAUCUGUCGAUCUUUCAUCUUUUCAGGCAUCAAUUCCUCAAUCUGUUUCAUCAACCGAUGUUACUCCCGUUAAUGAUAUCAUCUGUCGAUCUUUCAUCUUUGCAAUCAUCUAUGUCUCCAACUGUUUCAUCAAUUGUUGUUUCUCCGUCAAUGUCAUCAUCUGUUGACCUUUCUUCCGUGUCGUCAUCAAUAUCUCCUUCAUCUGUUUCGUCAUUGAUUCAAUCCCAGUCUUUAAGCUCGUUUGCCGACCAUUCAUCUAUAUCUUGAUCAUUCUGUUCAAUGUUUUUUUCCGUCUUCAUCUGCUGAAACUCCAUCUUUGCAUUCAGCAUUGUCACUAUUCUUUUCUUCUGUGUAUUAUCACCUUCAUCCUUUGUCCUUUUAUCUAUAUCAUUUCAUCUCUUUCGUCUAUGAGUGAGGCUCCGUCUUUGCCCUCCGUUCUGUUACCAUCUGCCUUCGCUUACUAAUAAACACCUCAUUUGUUGAUAAUUCAGUUGCAGACACGGCAUUCGCUGGACAUUGGAUUCCUCUGAUCCGUCCACAUCCAACUCUACGUCGUGAUCUGCCGAUCACUUUUCUGGUGUUACAGACAUGUUAGGGAUUCAAAGUGGAAUUCUAACUCGCCUGAGAAGAUAAAGCCCAAGAAUGUCUCCAAGCUACCUCGGUCACAUAUAAGCUAGUGGUGUUUGGCCCACUUACUGUACGCUAAGUUGUUUGAGAUUCUUUCGUAAAGACAAAAACUGUGAAAUCCAGACACUGAUGAGGCAGAUCUUUAUAUCGUGUAUAUUAUCAUAGGUUUGUAAUGAAUACUUUAUAUACCAGCAUUGGAUACUUAAAAUGGAAAGAUGACAUAAACUUCGAUGUGUUUCUGCCGUCAACAAACCAGUUUCUGAAAGCAAGUACGACCAGUUCAUAUAUAUCAUGCACUGAUACUGGUACGAUUACAUGUACAUGAUAAGAUGUCUGGUUUCACUGGUGUACGACCAGCAUUUAACAUAUUCAAAUUGUAUCUGAAGGCAGUGUGGUAAAAAAGUGUCGAAUAUGAAACGCUAGAGCGGUCAUUACAUUGAUGUAAAAUUACGUGCUUUAAAGUAUAUCUACAGAUGUAAGAUGGCCAAGUAGGGCCAGCUCGUGCCGACAAACCGGUUCAGUAUUUAGUAGUUGUAUGUAACAUUGACAGACCUUGCAAUAUUAGUAAAGGUCAUGGAAGUCAAAACUCGCACAAAAAUUAUUAUAAUUUAAACUUAUAAGGUCAAACCAUUUGGACCUCAGAAAACGAAAACGGUCGACAUUUUAUUUAUAUCGGUCAUGCUGGUCAGUACUAUGUAAUAUAUAAUUCUUACAUAACCAAAGGUACAGAUAUAUUUUUUUCACAAAUUGUCCUGUUGUGAAUAUGUUUUAUAAUGUUAAUAUUCGGUAAUAUCUGCUAUUGUGAUAAACGUGUAAGUAUAUUGUUAGCUUUGAGUAGCUAACAGAGCGCAUUUUGUUGGUUUUAUUUGUACACGAUACGAUCGCCUUUUUAAGAAUUAGAAUGAUUAUAUAAGAUAUGUUUGCGCAUAUGUACUUGUCUGUGUGUGAUUAUUCAAUAAAAGUGUGAUAAGAGUGUGAGAA